AUGACAGACAGACCCCAAGCGAACUACGAGCGCUCCCAACACAACAGUUUCAAAGGGUCCGAAACCCCCGAAGCGCUAUGCUUGCGCUCUCUCUACACUCCGGAUUACGAGUCCUAUAAGAGCCGGAAUCCCUCACGAGUCGAAGGAACCCUUGGCUGGUUCCUCGGCCAUGAGAAGUAUCGGCAGUGGCUGCAGGAACAAAGGUCGAGUCUUUCGUGGGUGUCGGCGGAUCCAGGAUGUGGGAAGUCGGUAUUGGCCUUGUUCUUGGUCGAUGAGCUCGAAGAUCGUCAAUCGGAACCAUCCGCUACUGUUUGCUACUUCUUCUUCAAAGGUGACAACGAAGAGCAGAGAAGAGCAGAGUUCGCUCUCUCCGCUCUACUGCACCAGCUUUUCACAGCGAAGCCGUCCCUUAUCCGACAUGCCACCAAAGACUUCGAAAGCAAGGGCGAUAACUUUACGGAGGAUAUCGGCACGUUGUGGCGUAUCUUCACAAGCGCAACAGCAGACCCGGACUGCGGCGAUGUGAUCAUUAUCUUCGACGGCUUGGACGAAUGCGAAGUAUCGACUCGAGAAAAGCUCAUCGACUCUUUGGCACUGAGUUAUGCCGUGUCGGCAAACCGCACGAUCCCCACCACAAGAGACACGUCUCUCAAGUUCCUCCUCACCAGCCGCUCCUGUGGCUCGAUCGAAAGAAGGUUCAGAGGGCUUCCAAUCAUCAGACUGAGAGCAGAGGCGGAAACGCUUGCGAUCGGUGCAGACAUCGAACUUGUCGUUAACUCCGUAGCCGAAGAACUUAGGCACAUGUGCGGGCUCACUGAGCUUGAACGAGCACGUCUUCGUGACCACCUCGUCCAGGACGCCGAUGGGACAUGUCUUUGGCUUUCGCUAGCCAUCGAGAAACCCAGCGACUACGGGGAAAGCCCCCUGAAGGAUGUUCUUCGAAUCCUUAACACACCAAGUAACAUGGAUGCCGUUACAGAUGGUCGAAGCCGUGUUCCGGUCGGGCGCUACGGAAGUGUGGCGGUGUAUGGCUAUCGCGGUGGCGGUGGCUACGACAUAAGACGGGGGCAUUCGACUGGGAGCGUGAUCGGUGCGGACCGUAUCUAUGAACCGACGUAA